GACGUCAUUCUAAUGAGUUGGUUCUGUUGUUGUCGCCGGCAGCGCAAAGACGCUGAAAGGCAACCUCUUCUCCAGGAUUCCAGACAAGAAGCAUCACCAAGUGCACAUUUUGACCACUUCGCCGAAAGUCUAGGAGCCCUCAAGGCUGGAAAGCUUCCAUCGAGUUCUCAACUCUCAAACAUUAUCCAGCUUGUGCUUCGAUCCAAACUGCUCGGAUACUCUCGCUUCAAAUACGACUUUAAAGAGAUACUAAACACGCUGCUCUCUUUUGUACUGGAGAAAAAUGAUGAUGACAGAAUCCAGCAACUUUUGUGGUUUAUUUUCCAACAGCAAGACAAAGUCGAAGUACACUCACAAGUUUUCGUCGACGGUUCCCCUCCGGACAUCGAUCAGGCCAAAGUCAAAGAUGACGUCGAGCAGUUUCUGGGAUCGCUCAAGUCUCUGUGUAAACUGACGCUUACUUCCUCCGCUUUCCGCCUUCUUGUUUCGGAGCUGGUUGCGACUACCCGGCAGACUAUAUCUGAGGUCGCGUUGCACAUUGGUCAUGUUGCGGCAACCGUGCAGUCUGCGGCAAACAGCGUUGCAGGAACGGUGCAACCUGAGGAAACAGCUCUUCCAACUUUCACGCAGCGUGCUGGAGAUCCUGCGGACCAUGUGCGGACGAUCAUAAUUGGUAGGGUACAAGAGUUGAUUUAUCGAGUGCGUCAAGAUCCACAGUAUAAAACAGCGAUACAAACUAUUUUCUCGCUGUGUCGCAAAUAUUGUGAUGUGUUGAUCAGUUCACACGAUAUUGAUGCUCACGUCGAAUUAUCACCCGAGGUCUAUUCUGCCAUUUUUAAUAUCAAGAUUUUGCUAGAGAGGAUAGCGUCGCAUCAUUCGCUAGAUCCACUCCUGCACGCCUUGAACGCAUCCGUCAUCCACUUUCUCGAUGCACAACAUGGCGAAAUACCACAGUACUUGGCCGCUGUCCAUUCGUGGUUCAAUCAUGCUCUGGAUUCCCCCCAUUUCGCAACUUCGCGCUUAGGAACGCGGACAGCAGAGCAACUAUUUGACACUGGCCGAGCCCUGUUAACAUCCGAAGCCAACGCGCAGUGGGCGAAAGACUUGCGACUUCUUGUUAUCGAGACCCAGUCUUUUCUGCAGGCACUCGAGUCAGAUAAAACCACCCAGCGUUUGGUCAGCUCGCUUCAAACUUUUUCUGCCAUCUUCAAAGGACUGGUUUCCAUGACUCGUGCUCAAGUUCAACAGGAUGCAUUUCUCACCAACAUAUUGACCUGGCUUAUACCGAGUCUUCUGGGGUCAAUCCAUCUUCUCCCAAUGCCACAUAUCGAGGUUCAGACUGAUAUAUUUGAUCUCGCUCUGGACUCCUUCUUACUGUCGACGAGUUCACCCAUGCCUGCAGACCAGAUCCGUAUAGCGAAUUCGAAUGAGGUCGUGGUCGAUAUGACGGGGAACACCCACCUUACGAGUUCAAGUCGUAUCAAGGCACGCAUUGAAGGUUUAUGUUUCUCUGUGCGCGGUCUGGGCUGGUACCUGAGGUAUAAAGGCGCCUUCACCUACACAGACGAAGGUUCAUUGGACAUCCAUGUCGGAGAAGGCACAACAAAGGGCAUGGUUAUAAAUUUGGAGCUUAACACGAGGCAAGAAGAAAGCAGCGGAUCGCUUUUCCGUCUCGCGGAUGCAACAAUUCAAGUCCCGCGGUUAUCGAUUGCGAUUCGACAUAGUAAACACUGGCUAAUCAAUGCCUUACUGGUCCAGCCAUUGGCUCCUUCUCUCAUCCGCUUCUUCCUACAAAGGACUUUCAGACAGAAGAUAGAGCAAGCAGUUGAAGGGACGAACCGACUGCUUUCAGCGGUUAUCGACGAAGCCAGCCGAAUCGGCGGUGCCAGAGAGCCGGGAAUUCAGGAGUAUUGGAACGCAAUGAUGACGACGUUGCCUAAUCGUGAAGAGAGUGUUCCAGUACAAUCACGUCUGCAAACAACAAUGCAAGGCCUCAUUUACUCCACGACAGAUGCCGCAGAAAGUACAACAACGGUUGCGGCAGGAAUUGGACCCCAACUAUUCCCGGAUUAUGCUGAAAACCAUGUUGGAGCGGUUGUGGAGGCUCUUGAAGCCGGCGCAGCAAACGUUACGGAGGAGGUGAUUAGAACGAGGGAAGUUAGUGAACGAUCAGCGGCGUUGACGGCGAAGAGAGAACGUUUUGAAAGAGGUCGAAAUGGAUGGAGGAGCACAGCAUUCGAUUUUUUGUGA